ACGGGGGCGAUGGCCGCUUCAUUCAACAGAUCAGCGAAGUCCCACGGCACUCAAACCGAGCAGGACUACAGAUGCGCGGCGCUUAGAGUCCAACAGCUGGCUUUUAUCGCGUAUCUACGCUCCUGCCGCACCCCCGUUACAGACAGAAAUAUGAAAACAUGGUAGUCAAAACCAGAAAAUCAAAUGCCAAGGACCAGAGCAGCGAGAAGGACAGGAGUCAGUCCGCGUCGGGAAAAAGCAAGCGUGCCAAGGAUGGGAAGGGCUCGGCUUCUCUGAGUAAAAACGGACUUUUUGCAGGAUUCAUUAGAAGCAAAUUAGGUUUGAGCCCGUCCGCUUUUGCAAGAGGAAUAUCAGUGUUGGUUCUCGCUCUUAUCGUGGGUUUUUUACACUGGUAUCAUCUCUCACAUCUAUUUGAAAAUGACAGACAUUUUUCCCACAUGUCAUCCUUGGAAAAGGAGAUGGCCUUUCGAACGGAAAUGGGACUGUAUUACUCAUACUUCAAAACCAUCAUUGAGGCCCCUUCUUUCAUGGACGGUCUUUACAUGAUCAUGAACGACCGUCUCACUGAAUACCCUCUAGUGAUAAAUACUCUAAAGAGGUUUAACUUGUACCCUGAGGUGGUCUUGGCCAGCUGGUACAGAGCGUACACUAGCACAAUGGAUUUCUUUGGGGUCCCUACCAAGUUGUGUUGGACGAUCAACAGAGGGGAGGGUCUAGAUCCGGUGGAGAGUUGUGAAGGUCUGGGGGAUCCUGCUUACUUUUAUGUCACAUUUGUGUUCCUGUUAAACGGGGCAAUGAUGAGCCUCUUCUUCAUUUAUGGAACAUAUCUGAGUGGCAGUCGACUGGGAGGCACUGUUACAGUUGUGUGUUUCUUUUUCAAUCAUGGAGAGAGCACUCGGGUCAUGUGGACGCCACCUCUGAGAGAGAGCUUCUCCUACCCCUUCCUGGUUCUGCAAAUGCUUCUGCUCACUUACAUUCUCCGGACAAGGAACCCUAGCAAGAAUACUAUGAUGGCUCUGGGGAUCUCUAAUAUUUUCUUCAUGCUGCCAUGGCAGUUCGCGCAGUUUGUCUUGCUUACCCAGGUGGCAUCUCUUUUUGCUUCGUAUAUCCUGGGAUAUCUGAGCCCAUCAAAAAUGCAGUCUGUCUUAGUAACUCACAUGAUCUCCUUGGCCGUCUGUUUUCUUCUAAUGUUCGGGAACUCGAUGCUGCUGACAUCCUUCUACGCCUCUUCACUGGUCUCCAUCUGGGGGGUGAUUGCACUCAGGGAUCGUUUGGUCGGUGUAUUCAAACCUGGACUUUUCACAUGGGUCAUGCAGUGUCUUUCGUGGGUGGUCUCCACUGUCAUCCUGAAGUUCAUGCUCUCGGUGGUCUUCGGGGCAUCAGACGAUGCCCACAUCAGCAGCCUGAUCAAAUCCAAGUUUACAAGCUACAAAGACUUCGACACGAUGAUGUACACGUGUGCUGCUGAGUUUGACUUCAUCGAAACAGAGACUGUCAUCCGGUACAUCAAAACCAUGCUGCUUCCAAUUAACAUGCUGAUUGUGGGUUUUAUUGCUGGAAGGACUAUACAGGACAUUGUUGUGUUUCUCAGAAAUAAGACAACAGUGAAGUCCGAGGAUGAUGAAAUGGAGCAGAGCCAGAUGUUGGCGAAGGGAGUGAUGGUGUAUCACAGUCUGCAGCUGGUGGCGUUUGCAGUGCUGGCUGUGCUCAUCAUGAGACUCAAGCUCUUCCUCACUCCUCACAUGUGCAUCAUGUCGUGUUUGAUCUGCUCCAGACAGCUGUUUGGCUGGGUAGGAGAGAAGUUGAAACUCCAGCUGACAGUCGUGGGAAUAUUAUCCAUCAUGGCCGUCCAGGGAAUCACCAACCUGCAGAAUCAAUGGGACAUCAUAGGAGAGUUCAGUAACUUCCCUCAAGAAGAGCUCCUGGAGUGGCUCAAAGACAACACAAGCCCUAAUGCUGUGUUUGCUGGUGCAAUGCCCACCAUGGCAAGCGUGAAAUUGUCCACAGGAAGAGCCAUCGUGAAUCACCCACACUAUGAAGAUGCAGGAUUGAGAGAAAGAACAAAAAUGGUGUAUGCCAUGUACAGCCGAAAGCCAGCUGAGGUAGUGAAGCGAAACUUAAUAAAGCUGCAGGUGGAUUAUUUCAUCCUCGAGGACUCGUGGUGCACCAGACGCUCCAAGCCCGGUUGCAGCAUGCCUGAGAUCUGGGACGUGGAGGAUGCACAAAAUGCAGGAAAAGUGCCACUUUGCACUCAGAUGUGGAGGGAUUCUCGUCCUCACUUCUCCACCGUUUUUCAAAACAACAUUUACAAAGUCCUUCGAGUUCCCAAAACAGUAAGAGAUUUGAGAUAACAGCAGUUUUUCCCCCUCACCUUACUGUUUUCAUGUCUUUUGAUAUAUAUGUGUGUGUGUGUGUGUGUGUGUGUACACACAGCAAUGAUUAUUUUUGUAAAGGUCAGAUAUGUUUUUCUUGAGCCCUGCACUUUGGUGUCAGUUUUGUUUUGAGAAGCUGUAAGAGAUGAUAUUGAAUCACCUCUUUUCACUUAAAGAAGCAGUUCACCCAAAAAUGAAAUUUGUUCAAAAUGUGCUUCAUCUAAGUUCGUUCCUUCAUCAGAACAGAUUUGUCCCGAACUGGUUUUUAUUUAUCCAUUGGUGAACAAGUGAUGUAAUGAUUCAUUUCUCCAAAUCUGUUCUGAUGACAAAAAAAAACAAAACUCAUCUACACCUUGGAUGGCUUUGCUUUUUUUUUUUUUUUUUUUUAAGACCUGUUCCUUGAAGCAUCUGUGCUCAUGCUUGUUGAAAUGUCUUUUAUUAGGAAGACUGUGAUAAUUUCUUUUUUUUUGCCAUUGAUGGUGCUGCUGUUUGCAUACGGUCCGGACAAUUGUUUACUUUACACUUUUUGUGCAUAAAACAGUUUAUUCAGAUUUUAAACCUGUGACGUUUUGUAAAAGGAUUUCUGUAUAGUUCUAAAAUUGUCGUUUAUUUUGGGCAGAUGCUCUUACCAAAGUGACCUAUAAAAAGUUAUAUAGUUUGAGGGAGGAUUACGAUAGUCUAUAGUGUUAUUUUUUUAAAUCUGCUAACUCAAUUUUAUUAGUCAACGGUUGUAAAUAAACCGCUUGUUACUCUUCUGUGAUUGUGGAAAUCAUGGUCAGUGUUAUGUAUUAGAGUAGCUAUUUUAUGUUUAGUUUUUUUUUAUUGGUUCUGAAUGUCUUGUCUUGCUCAGCUGUAUUUUCAUCCAGUUUCUGUACUGAAGUUUACCAGUGCUAGUGUUGUACUCAUCUCUCAAGAAUAAGGAAAUGGCAGUUUUUGUCAUGUAACAAUAGUAGUCCUUUAAAACCAAGCUGAAGGACUGUAAUCACUGCCGUAGUAUUAAAGCGAUCAGUUUGUAGCAUGUGUUCUGUUGUAAUUCAGAAGUGUCCUUUACAUUUCAAUUGGCACGCAUGUGAAGUGUUCAAGAACUAUUUCUUUUUUUAUUUUGGUCUGUUUUAUCAAAUGUGAGGACCUAAACCGUUUUUAUUUUACCAAUUAAAUGUUAUUUGAUUCAA